GCUCCGAGGAUGGAUCACUACUUCCGAGGAGCAGCUCCGCUACCAUGGUGUCGCCAUGGAACUGUGGCCCGUCGAGAUGUCAUCCCGUUUCACAGGUCGCGCAGCCUCUACUAGGCGUGAUUUCCUCGCUCUUCGAUCUCAGCGGGGUGUACAGGAGGGCAUGAGCUAUCAGGAGUUCCGCGAUUUCCUGCAACAGUACUUUUCUCGUCCUGCGCUGACCCGCGACCCGAUUUUCCGGCUGGCCGAGAUCAUAUGGCUUGGUGGCGACAAUGCCCUCGAGUCAUAUAUCACGACAUUCCAUCGUGUCCGCGCCCAGAUCCCCGUCACCACCAUACCAGAGGAUCCCAUGAUCCAGCGAUUCCGCGCAGGCCUCCCCCAGGCAUUCCAACUGCAGAUGAUGGCCUACUCCAUCUCUACGUUACCAAAGGCCUUCAACAUUGCUCGGGCCAUCCAUCUAUCUUAUGCCCCACUUGUUGGCUCUUCGCCUCAGCCUCCCGCCACCUAUGCUGCUGCUGCUGCAGCCCCUCGCCCCCCCCAGCCUCGACAGUCUUCCACUUUCCGUCGUGGUCCCCGCAGAGGUACCGGCCGAUCGCUCGCACGCCGAUUCCACGCACUGCUCCGUGACCCGUCGAGUGCAGAGGAGGGCACAGCCUCGGACGGUUCGGCGAGUGACCCAGACCAGCAGUCUGACCCUCAGUCGCCCACGGAGGACGACACCCAUUCCCAAGACGAUCGCUUUCUCUGGGCCCUUUCCGCUCUCUUCCGGCGACAACCCUCAUCAUCCAGGACUCGCUCCACGGAGAUAGCAGCAGCAGCAGUAGCAUCAGUGUUGGAGGAGAUGGCAGCAUCAGUGCGGGAGGAGGAUCCACCAGCGGCAGGAGGAGGUGCAGCAGUGGAGGGACAGGUGGCAGCAGCAGGAGGAGCAGGUGGAGGAGCAGCAGCAGUGGAGGUUGAGGUGGCAGCAGCAGUGGAGGAGGAGGAGGCACCGUCGGCAGCUGCARUGGAGGGGGAGGUGCCAGGACUAGUGGAGAAGGAGACAGCCGCACAGGCCGAGGUGCAGCGUGGGGGUGAUGACGAGCGCCUCAUGCCGCAGUUCCUCACGAAGGAGCUCGGUCCGGUCAUAGCAGGUAUGACCCCGGGUGUGGCGAGGGGGUUUGGGAUUUCGGAUUCAGAGAUGGGGACCCACUUAGACUUAGAUUUGUCAAUGGGCCUUCCAGCUAGUUGCGGCGGGGCGACAUCGACGGACCAGGCUCCAUCGAGGGACGAGGCGCCAGGACAGACUUCGACGCAGACCGCGAGAGAAAGGACGACGACUGAAUCUCCAGAUGCAGCACGCGGCAUCAUGGAGCGAGAGAGGGCUCGACUUUUGGCAUCGAGUGACCCGCGUGCUCAGGCAUUCGCACGGGCCGUAGAGGAGGUAAGGCGUCGAGAGAUUGGGGGGGAUUGUGUGCACGGUGCGGUGGUGGCGGGGGAGGACGUUGCGGAGGGAGUGGCAGCAGAGUCGGUACCCAAGGCUAUAUCGGGUGGAGGAGAGGCAGCGGACGUUGCUGUGGAGGGACGGCCUCAAGCGGUGGAUGAGGGUGUGMAGGCAGGACAACGACAAGUCGAGGGGGCUAUAGACGCACGACGCGAGGUCCAGGAGACAGCGACGGGUCCAGUCGUUCCRUUCUCGGGCCUGCACUUGGCUCAGGCCCGACAGUCGCAGGCGGUUCAGAUGGCAGUGCAUGGUGUGCCACCGCCCGUUAUCACGGAUUUGGGGUCCGAGUCAACCGUUGCAGAGGCUAGUGCGAGGGUUGUUGUGUUGAGGAAGGGAGGAGGCCCAGUCACCAUCGAGGAGGAUGAUCCUGAUACGGAUGCGGCUGUGCGGGAGGCGGACGAGGACUAUGAGGGCGAGGAGGGGGGAGAGGAGGAGAGCAGGAGCGGUUCCAAUGGUGACGACGACGACGACAACGAUAAGCCCCCACCUCCCCCAGGACCCCCACCAACACAUGCAUCUAAACGCUCCGCUACACGGACUUCUUCAUCCUCACGAGGGGGGAAGAGGUCGACAUCUGGCACUCGAGGGGGUACGAGGAGACACAGCGGGAAGGGGAAGAAGGGUCGUUGACCGAUGAGGCCAACACUCCGCUUCUCCCCUACUCGCACUAUACGUUGUCAUGUUGUGCGGUCGUAGUUUUUUUGGUCGUCUGAGCCGUCCCGUUUUGUCUCAGUAUUGUCAGACACUCAGUGGUUGUGUGUGUGUUUUACUUGUUGGUGAGUAUGAUUUUGGUAGCAGUAGGGUGUUCGUAGAGUAUGAUUUUGGUGCCAGUAGGGUGUUCGUAGAGUGUCGUCGCUUGCAGCAGACUGAGUUCAGACUGUACAGUAUCUUGGCAGCUACGACACGA